CAUUCAGAAAUUCCCUUUCUUCUGUCAUAUCACAAAUUGAUCCAACUUCUGAAUAAAAUCUUUGAUUAUCACUAAAUAUAAUUGCUUGUCUACUACCCUUUAUUCAUUCAUUUCAAGAUUUUUGAAGAAAAUGAGAAGAAAUUGUAAUUUGGAGCUCAGGCUUAUGACUCCUCCUUCUCUUUCAACUUUUUCUCCUGAGAAUUGCAAAAAUACACCCUACUUCUCAAUGGAGGAUAAAGAAAGCAUAGAAGUAGAGAAGCAAAGUCAGCCGUUAACGAUAUUUUACAAUGGAAAACUAGUGGUUUCUGAUGUUACUGAACUUCAGGCUAAAGCUAUAAUAUAUCUCGCGAGUAGAGAAAUGGAGGAAAAAACAAACAAGACUCCAUCACCAAUCUCUGAGCUGUCAUCACCAUUAUUGCAACCUCAAACUGGUCUUUUUAUGAAGAAAUCUCUACAAGGAUUUUUACAAAAAAGAAAAAAUAGAAUUCAAACAACUUCGCCAUAUCAUCACUAGCUACUAUUGAUGGAAUUUGCCUUAGUUUAGUUAACAUUAUUUGUACAUAUGUUUUUUUGUUUCUCUGGAUUUAGCAAGUACAAUACUAGCGUAUCACUUAUUUUACAGAUUUUGCUAUACAAAAUUUUCUUAUUUGAUUUUCUCUCUUUAGCUUAUAAGAAUAUUACUCAUGUGCAGUGGCAGAGCCACAUUGUAAUCAGGAGAUGAAUCCCUAUAUAAUAGAUGUCAAAUCUUUUUUGA